UAGUCUAAUCAGUAAGCCCAGACACAAAUUGUUAUUUGUUUUUUUUUUAUUUUUAGUUUAUCAAAGGGAAUUUUGAAGCUUUUAAAAAGAAAUCUAACAAAGCAAAAUGAGCGAUGAGAGCCUUCAUUCACAGAAGGAAAAUGACCAGGAGAACAAGGAUGGGCAAAGGAGGCGUAGUUCGUCGGAGAAUCCUUCUGAAAACAACACGUCUGACAUGAAUCUCCCGCCAACUGCUGUUGCACGACUGACCAAAGAGUAUGUGACCAACUAUAACAUAGGAAAUAUGUCAACAGCAUACGAAUACCUCGGUCUUCGCUUCAUCCCAUGUGUCAUAACAUUCAACAACGUGUACGUCGGCCAGAUCUACACUGUUGAAUUGUGCGUCCAGAACAUCUCCUGCAACAUUACUCAAUUCCGCUUCAAACAACCGUUUUCACGAUCUUAUUCUAUUAACGAUAAUGGAACAACAAAAACUCUAGCACCUGGUUUAGUUUUAACAAAGAUAAUAACAUACAAAUGUACAGAAGGUUGUAUAACUGAUUCAGUCAUAACGGUUGUUGUUGUGAAUGAGGAAAUACAUCUGCCCAUAAAAGUAUUCAAAGGAGAACCCAAGGUUUUAGUAAUACCAAGUUCAAUAGAUUUCGGAAGACUUGACAUCGGUUGUCCUUACGUCACUAAAGAAAUUCUGAUAAUCAAUCAAGGAUCUUGCGUUACAAAAGGAUCUAUAGACCUGGGGAAAAAUGAGCUUGGAUUGGUUGUUUCAAGAAAAAAUUUCCAAAUAGCUCCUUAUAAAAGAAUUAAAAUUAAAAUACAACUCGCAGGUUUAGUUGUGGGUCAACACAGUUCGGAAUUUUGGGUAAAAUCAGCUCCUUCGCAUAGAAUAGAAGUCAAAGUCAAAGUGGUUUUUCCAUAUUUCAAAGCUCUUCAUCCUAAUAGUACAGGAAAUUUUACACUCAUUGAUUUACAAGGUACAUUUCCUGGAGCAAAACGUUAUGAAACAUUAAUCGUGAGAAAUGUUUCGUCUUUUGAUGGUGUAUUUGUUACUUCAGCAGAAGCGAAUGACUCAAUUAUUUCAUUAAAAGAAGCAGAAGAAAUAGAUCAAAGUUUUAAAUCGUUUUCCGUAUAUCCAAAAGAGGGAAACUUGUUACCCUUUGAGGGAAGGAUAUUUACCAUUUGGUUUGAUCCAAAAUUUGUUGAACAACAAAAAGGCUGGAUCAGUGAACAAAGAACAGAACAGUAUUUAGUUUUUGUAAGAAUCCAAAGAGUGGAUGUUAUGUUUGGAGCCCAUAAAGGAGAAUUUGAAGAAAACAGUGAUGUUGGAAACCAACUGCCUAUAGUUGAAGAAAAUAACGUCACUGACGAUGAAGUACCACUGGCAGAACAAAAAAGCCUAACAAAAUAUCAUACUGAUGAAGGUGUUGAAUUAGAAAAAGAUAGUGAGACAAUGAUGAUCGAUGAUGGUUCCAUAAGGCUUUGCCUCUAUGGAGUCGGAGUGCAACCGACUCUGAAGAUUGUCCCAAAUGAGCUCAUAUUUGAAAAUGUUCUACCUGGAACAGAGCACAACAAAGUACUCACUCUUACAAAUAUGUCAACCGGUUUGUCAAUGGGUUUCAGAUAUUUUAAGAUACCGUCCAUCGAAGUUAAACCAAACUUCCUAUUUCUUAAAUACAAACAGUCAGUAGAAGUACUCGUAACUCUAAUCCCUGGAAACUUAAAUUUAAAAAACAAAAGUUUAAUUUUUGAACUUUUAUCCCAUGCAAAUCACACAGACAAGACGAAUACUAUAGUCGUUGGACAUGCUAAGGUCAAAUUGAAUAUCCAUGCUGUGACACCAGCAAUACAACCGCAGCCAAAAAUUAAUGAAGGCUUGACACCAAAAUUAUUCGUUGAAGCUGGUUCACAUGUUGAAAUGAUAAAAUACAACAGUCCAAUAAAAUUUCCCAAGUCUCUUGUCAUUCCACCUUCAGAAACUCGCCCUUGGCUUAACAGUGAGGCGAGAAUUGUUUUGCCAAAUGAAAUGGGACGAAUAAGACCAUUAUCAAGCGAUAAAACUGCCAGGACAAUAUUCACUGGGCUACCUCGAUAUUUAAAACCACCAAAUUGGAACUACAGGAGAACCCAAAAAGAAGAGGAAUUCAGAAAUAAAGAGAUUAAAUUGUGGCGGGAUUAUUUCACAAAGACCGGAGAGAAAGCGAAACAGGUCAUAAAAAACAAAGAACCCUCACCGAUUGAAGAAUAUUCUGUUACAAACUUAAAGCUUUACAAUAUGAUUGGCAUGAUGCCGCCAAUCGAGGAAGAAGAAAGAUCAAUUUCUAUUUGCCAAAACAAAACCGUUAAGGAACUAUAUGUGCCUGACCUUAACUGCCCGCUAGUACCCAUGCAUCUUUUCAACAUUAAAGUCAAACCAAAGGAGAUCGAUUUUGGAAAGAUCCCGCCUGGAGUAGACUGCAAGAGUUAUAUUGUAAUAGAGAACUUGAACCCUUUUGACAUAUCUGUUAAAUUGUUUUUUAUCAAAGAUAGCCAACACGCACCACCCACAGCGUUCAUUGUAAAAGCAAUGGAAACCACUCAGAAAGAUAUAGUCAUCAAUUUGGACACUCUUGGAAUGCACUUUAGCAAUAUGUAUUACAUAAUUAACACGCAUCAUCGGUUUGAUCUUAAAGUUGCUGCAGAGGUGGUUCAGAGAACGUUAGAACUACAACCGCCAGAGCUAACCAUGUAUGAGACACAAUAUUCAGACAUAUUUCUCAAGACUUGGGCACCGAUUAAAAUUGUCAAUCCUCUUGGAGUUCCGACAAAAUUUCGAUGGAAGAUUUCCCACCCGUGUCCAUUUUAUAUUACACCAAAUUGUGGAAUAGUCCCUGGAAACGGAGUUAUAACUUGUUCUGUAUAUUUCCAAUUCAAAGACAGAUACAGUCUUGGUACUGUUGCAACUUUUCUUAUAGAUAAAGGCGUCCAAGUGCAAUACCCUAUAAAUUAUAUUAUCGACACAACUAGCUCAUUGAGCAUAUUUAUGCCAAAAAUCAGUUGCCCAAACAUACCAUUGGGCUUGCCUUAUAAAAAAAAAGUUAUCAUAUUUAACCAUGGGUCAGUCGAUUGUUAUUUUUCUUUAACAAAUCCAAAUCCUUUGAAGGGAGUCACUAUCAGCCCGAUCGCAGGAAUUUUAAAAGCAAAAGCUGGUUUCCUUUUGGAAAUAAGCUUCAAAAUGUUAAAUAUAACAUCAUUUGACUUUAGAACAGAUAUUGAAACUGAAGGAGAUACCUGCAUUCAAUUAAAAGUGAAUGGAUAUGUUGUAUAUCCAGGGGUAACGUUCAAACCAACAAAAAUCAUAUUUAAAGGAGGCCCUUGUAAUUCUUUUACAACAAUACCAUUAACUAUCGAAAACCAAAGUUUGGCUGAGAUCAGACUCACAUUCCCUUUGCAUGAUUUUCCGCAAAUGAAAAUUGCAAAAACUAAUAAAAGUUUUGAUGAAGGAGUUGGCGACGAUCCGGUUGUUAUAGACGCAAAUGAAACGCUUAAACUGUAUUUACAUUUUGAGCCAAAAGAUCUGGCGGCCUAUCAGUUUAUACUGCCAUAUGUUGUGAACGGCACUAUUGGACCACCCUUACUAGAACACCCAGAAACCUGGAGUCCAGUACAUUUCAUAAGACCUGUUGCACGAAGUUUGGGUACGAUUAAAAAUAAAUUGCCAGGUAUGGAUUUUCCAAAAGCAUUGACCUGCGUCAAUAUUCAUUCAACGUCAGUGCGUGGUCAGAUAUCUUGUUCUAAAAAAGAAAUGCAUUUUUUUAAACCACCACAGUGCGAAAGCAACACGAUAACUUCUUUGUGGCAAACAGUUGAUAUAACUUGUCUCGCAAAGCAAGAAGUUACAGUCGUAUUACAGCUUUUUGACACGAAACAUUAUCGCCCAUUUUCCGUCAUGCUAGUGGGCAUUAAGAAAGAGAAUAUUCUGAACAUACCUAUAAUAAUACAACCGAUGGAAGUCAAAACGAUUGCUGUUUCAUUCACACCGCCACACCCUGGUGCCUUUGAGGAAGAGCUUUCAGUUACAGUGAAAGAACAUAAUGAAAAAAGGCCAUAUUGCUUUUUAAAAUUAAACGGGAUCUUUCACAAAUCAACAUUAUAUUGCAGUGAAUCAUUGCUGCAUUUUAUGCCUGUGCCAGUUGGUAUUGAAAUACAAAAGACUAUAACUAUUAUAGCAAAUUAUCAAUGCAAGAAUUCUUUGCUAAAACACUCCAUUAUUGGACUUCAGGGAGAAAAUAACGACCGAGUGCUAACACUCGUUUAUCCAAACACAAAUGAAAUAGUGAAAGACAAAGAAAACUUUGAGAUACCAGUGCAAAUAAAAUUUAUAAGUUCACGCCCUGCAACUUAUAGCGGCUAUAUAAUAUUUUCAGAUGGCUCUGAUGGUGAAAGUAGAAUUGGGUUUACGGUGACUGCAGAUAUUUCACUUCUAACGACUUAUGCAUACUAUUAUUUAACAGAAAUAGGGGAUCUUCGAGCUUAUGAAGCUGAGUACAACUUUGUUAGUGUUGAAGUGUAUGGAAUUGUUGGCAGUGCAUCAGAAUUAGCUCAUCCCACCUCAAUGUUAGAAUUACCGGUGGCCUCUGUAUCGCGUUUUAAUAUUGAUCAGUCUAAACAGAGUGACAUAGCGGACUAUCCCCUUUUUCCUAUGUCUUCAAGUGAAACAAAUUUUGCAAUCAUGAUGAGAAAAACUGUGACUGCCACAGAAGAUUGGCUGUUUGAACAAGGGUUUGGAGGCAUUUACAGAAUGAUCAUCGGCGAUCACAUGGCAUUUUCAAAACACUACCAAACUGCAGUGCAUUCACGUUCUAAAAAUCCUUAUUACUCUGUUGUUAAGUCUCUUUUAGACCUUGUACUCAGAUAUGCAGGAAGGGAAUUCCACGCUCAGUACAUAAUACCUCCAUCCGUUCCUGCAGAUGAUGAUGGUAGAAUCAUGUAUUGUCUCACAGCUUAUAAACAGAUUAUAAAGUUUUUAAAAACCCAAGGAGCAUUUAUAUCGCAUAUCUUCCCAGUUUAUUUAUUAGAUUAUGAUGACUAUGUGUAUUACUAUACAAAACUAAUGCAACCGUCAGAUAAAGUCAAUGAAUACAUGGUUUUCCCGGCAAAACCAAUGCUUAGAGCAGACAUAUUUACUCGUUACUCAAUUCAAAGUUGGCUCGACAUAUUGCUUCAAGUGUACAAAGUAUUAGUUCUUGCUCCCACAGUACAACUAAGAACAAAUUCGGACCUUUUCAUUGAGCCAUAUUGUACUGUCGGCACAGAAGAACAUGAAGACAAGGAACUCCAAAAGCAAAUAAUUGAAAAUAUGAAAUUUACUAAAUUGCCAGAUAUUAAAAUAAAUUCCCAUAGUGAUUUUGUUGGUAUAGCACCAUUUGAACAAUACGGAGAGAAAUGCCUACUCAAAUGGUUAAACGUUAUUUUUGAAAAGAAGCGAACUAAAUGGCUAAGCCUCAACCCUAAACUGAAACUACCCCCUAGAAAAGUGAAAAACUUUACAACAGAUCUUAGGGAUGCUGUAGUUUUGAUCACUGUCACUGCUUAUUAUUGUCCAUAUUUGACUUCUGAGUUUUUCAAUAAUGUAUUUUUCGAUCCAACAGAUCCUUCUCAGUAUCAGCACAAUGCUUGUAUGUUGACUUUGGCUUGGGUGAGCAUCCAUUUAGGAUUGUCCAUAUCAGCCAGAGAUUUCCGAUCACCCAAUCCGAUGCUGAUGAUUUUCGUUGUUGGACAUCUUUUCAGCGUAUUGAGAUCUUACGUUCCAGAGACAGUCCUUCAGUUUUCAACUUGCCUCAACUCCAUUAUGCAAAGAAAGUUCCAUAUAACAAACCCGUCUACUCAGACAAUCGGGUACUACAUUAAGAAAAUCGGUGAUCCCAACAACCUGUUCUCUUUUUCACCACAUAAAAAUGUAGUUUUGGUCCAUGGCAAAGACACGACUGUGGUCACAAUUAAAUACAGUUCAAGAAUGAUGAGGAAAGUCAAAGCAACUCUGUUAUUUUGUGGUUGUGGACAGCUUGGAGCUUUUGCGAUAAACUUUGCCCUUACUGUUGAAGGCGAGGCAAAAAAAUUUCAUGUCAAAAAUUUCUUUAAAAUACAUACACCACUUUUUAAAGUUGCCACAAUAAAUGUGGGCAUAUUAUCGCCAUUUUCUACUGCUGGAAUGUUUGAUAUUUGGUACAGUGAAGAAGAACCAAAACCUGGAGUAAAAUUGUCAAUGAGACCUUGGAAGGAAAUAAAACAUCAGACAAUUCCAAGGUGCUUGUACCUUAAUAACGAUAGAAUAGAAUUGUUACCGAUACACAGUGCGAAGCCAUCAUUGCUCAGUCUGGUCACAGCAGCUUAUACAAUGAAAGUGAAAGAAUUUUAUCUGUUUUUCCGAAACCCAACAAUCGGGGAUUUCAUAACAAAAAUUCACAUAAUUCCAAGAGUCGAAAUGCCAUUUUAUACAGUCUCCGUGCCAUUCAUGACAGCACCUUGUGCCGGAGUACCAGAUGUUAUGUGUGUGGCACAGUGUCCAAGGCUUGUGAUGAUAUCACUCCCGGCAAGAAACAAUAAAUUUUGGUCUACUGCCAACACCAUGCUUUCUCUCACAAUGAACAAAAGAGACAAAGCGUUUUGGUCAUCGUAUGUGGAGAAACCAAUUGGUUUAAAAUUGAUCAAAUGGCUCUUGAGUAAAUCCAAUAAUCCAAUAGCAGGAGAAAUUGAUUUCAUCUUUAACCAAUCUGUAACGUUUAAUGUCAAAAGCGAAUGUCCAUACAUUGAAUUUCCUCCUAUAUUCACAAUAGCCGAUGUAAUGAGUGAUGGGACUGUCGACUUUCCCAUUCACUUAAAAGAGAACAUUGAAAGUUCGUUUUCAGCUUACUUAAAACUGACCUCAGAAAACGGCAAGGAGAUCCGAUUGUAUAAUAUAAUGGUAACAAAAUCAUCGAUCAGCAUUGAAAAACAAGAUUUCGUUAAGAGCUUCUCAAAAGUAGGAUCUGAAGACGUUUCCCAAAUUAAAUCUGAAACAUAACUUUUUUUUCAACUAAUAAAAUAAUUUGUUAUUCAAAUAA